AUGACUCCUGUAAUAUCUGUUUCAAUUGUGUGGUACGAAACGGGUGACACCGCGCGUCUGUGCCGGCCGCCCCUCCACCACCCGCCCUCCACACCUCUCCACACCCCUCCACACCUACCAGGGCUUGUCUCCACCUUGCCACGCCCACUGCUACGCUUUUCACACGCCCACACGCGCCCUUCACGCCUGGGAGGAACACCACGCCCUCAACACGCCCACUAUGACGAGGGCGGUGGAGAGGCAAAGUUGGUCAGCGUGGAUAUUUCUCUCCUUCGGCAACCUCGUUCAGUCUGCUCUUUACUAGCCCAUCAUCCCUUCAUCAGCGUACAAUCAGCCCUUCAUCACCCCAUCACCAGCCCACCUCUCCAUCACCAGUUCUUCAUCACCCCAUCACCAAUCCAUCUCACCAUCACCAGGUCUUUAUCAGCCCAUCAGCCCUAUCUCUCCACCAGCAAUCCAUCAGCCCUUCAGCAGCCCAUCACCAGCCCAUCACCGUCCCAUAACCAACCCAUCACCCCAUCACCCUCCAUCACCACCCCAUCACUACCCCAUCACCAGCCCAUCACCACCCCAUCACCAGCCCUCACCACCCCAUCACCAGCCCAUCACCCCAUCAGCACCAGCCCAUCACCAGCCCAUUACCACCCCAUCACCAGCCCAUCACCUCAUCACCAGCCCCCCCAUCACCAGCACAUCACCUGA